GCAGCCACCGUUUCUGGCCGCAUAUAAACCAGCCCCGGCGUGUCUAGCCGACACUCAGCGCCCUGGCUUUCUCCUGAUCACACAAGCAAGAGGAUCAGCUCGCUCAUUUAUUGGACAAGGAUGCGUGUACUCGCUACGGUGUUAGCUCUUGCAGCUGUGGCCUCUGCAGUGCCUAGGGUUCGACGUCAGGCAGAGGCAGACGUAUACUGUAACAACAACAGGGACAUAUGUGUACCUUAUUACCUGUGCAGGGACGGAAUAGUUAUUACAGAUGGAAGCGGUCUCAUCGAUAUUAGAAUCAAGCCUCGACUCGGCGGAAACAACACAGAGGCCACGAGGUCUGGAACCCCAGAGCCCGCGAGGUCUUCAGCCACGGAGUUUAUUUCUGAGUGCCCAAGCUUCCUCGACGUCUGCUGCACCGACCCCACCCGCGAACCCCCCCCUCCUCCGAAGUAUGUGGCACAGUGCGGCAGACGGAAUGAAGAGGGAGUCAACGCUCGCAUUGUUGAUUUUCCCGCCAACCAGGCACAGUUCGGCGAAUUCCCAUGGAUGGCGGCGGUGCUAAGGACAGAAUACUCGGAGGAUAAUGUGGAAGAAAAGCACUACGUCUGCGGCGGCUCCCUCAUCCACCCUCAGGUUGUUCUCACAGCCGCCCACUGCGUCUACAACAUCAACCCAACCACCCUUAACGUACGCCUUGGGGAAUGGGACACACAGAAGGCUUAUGAGCUUUACCCACACCAGGACCGCAACGUCGGCUACGUCGUCACCCAUCGCGAGUUCAAUCCCACCAACCUCUUCAACGAUUUCGCUCUCCUUUUCCUCGAGUCCCCCGUGGAACUCGCACCUAACGUGGACACCGUCUGCCUCCCCGAACAAGGACAGACAUUCGAUGGGUCCUACUGCUGGGCUACUGGCUGGGGCAAGGAUAAGUUCGGGAAGGAAGGAGUGUUCCAGAACGUCUUGAAGGAGGUUGAGCUCCCCGUCGUUAGCCAUUACGACUGCCAGGAAUCACUUCGCACAACCAGGCUUAGUAAACUUUUCAAACUGCACCCAUCCUUCACCUGCGCAGGUGGCGUCGGCGGCGUCGACACAUGCACAGGAGAUGGAGGAUCUCCCCUGGUGUGCCUGGGACUGGGUGACAGCUACGUCCAAACAGGCAUCGUGGCUUGGGGCAUCGGCUGUGGAGAGGACAAUAUUCCUGGCGUCUAUGCCAACGUGCCUGCUUUCGUCAACUGGAUCAAGGAUAAUGUAAACUCCAUCCUCCUACAAGAGUUCAACAAUGACAACAGCAACUAUUGGUAAAUAAUGCGAAGCUAAUAUCCAGGCACUAUGAACACCGUACCGAUCCAUCAAAUCGCUUGUUCGAACUUUCACCUCGUGGCGGCAGAACCAAGAAGGCCCUGCAUCAAGGUCACUGAAAAAUUGUGAUUUUAUUUAUCGUAUCGUCUAUUUAUACCAAUAAAUUUUAAAAAAUAUUCAACAAA